CGAACUCGAUGACGGUAGGCAAAGGAAGAACAACAUAAUGGGCGGCAGCGCGGCUGCGGCGGCUCUCCUUCUGGUGGUGGCAGCCAGCGCGGCGGCGUGCGCGGCGCAGCUCCGGCGCAACUACUACGCGGGCGUGUGCCCGGAGGCGGAGUCCAUCGUGCGCGACGCCGUGGCGAGGAAGUACCGGGAGACCUUCAUCACCGUGGGCGCCACGCUGCACCUCUUCUUCCACGACUGCUUCGUCGAGGGCUGCGACGCCUCCGUGGUGGUGGCGUCCACGCCCAACAACACCGCGGAGAAGGACCACCCGGUGAACCUGGGCCUCGCCGGCGACGGCUUCGACACCGUCCUCCGCGCCAGGGCCGCCGUCGACGCCGUGCCGCGGUGCCGGGGCCGGGUCUCCUGCGCCGACGUCCUCGCCAUGGCCGCCCGUGACGCCAUCGCGCUGGCCGGCGGCCCGUCGUACGCCGUGGAGCUGGGGCGCCUCGACGGGCUGCGCUCGGCGGCGAGCAGCGUGGACGGCAAGCUGGCGCCGCCGUCGUUCGACCUGGACCAGCUCACCGCGCUGUUCGCCGCCAACGGGCUGUCGCGGACGGACAUGGUCGCGCUCUCGGCGGGGCACACGGUGGGGUUCGCGCACUGCGGCACGUUCGCCGGGCGGAUCCGGGGGCCCGCGGCGCCGGACCCGGCGCUGAACCGGAGCCUGGCGGCGCGGCUGCGGGCGUGGUGCCCCGCCGGCGUCGACCCGCGGGUCGCCGUGACCAUGGACGUGGUGACGCCGCGGGUGUUCGACAACCAGUACUUCCGGAACCUGCGGGACGGGAUGGGCCUGCUCGCGUCGGACCAGGUGCUGUACACGGACCCGAGGUCCAGGCCCACGGUCGAGGCCUGGGCCCAGAGCAGCGAGGCGUUCAGUCGGGCCUUCGUGACGGCCAUCACCAAGAUGGGUCGGAUUGGGGUCAAGACGGGGGCCCAAGGGAACAUCCGCCGCAACUGCGCAGUGCUCGAUUGAAGCUGCUUGCCGUGUAUGCCAAGCAGGGAUGUCAAUGGAUCG